AUGAAGUUGAUCAAUUUUUUACACGCCUCAGUAGCGGCGCUAGGCCUACUGUCGCCAGUCGCUGCGAGAGCGCACAGCCGUAGCCACCGUUUCGUUAUCCGCAGAAACGUGGUAGCAAACCAAACGACCGGCAACGCGCUCAUCCCUGUGGUAGUAGGCGGCCCGCAAGAUCUGUUUGUACCAAAUCUGGUGCGCGCAAAUGUCGGCGAUGUUGUGCAGUUCCAAUUCAGCAAUGGAAAUCACACCGUGACUCAGAGCACCGAGACGGACGGGUGCCAGCCCAUGCAAGCAUCAGAGCCAAAUGCUAUACACAGUGGCCAUAUCCCGUUCAAAGCGGGCCAGGUGAACGUCGGCACAUUCAACAUGGUGGUGACAUCCACAGAGCCCAUGUUUCUAUACUGUGCGACUGGUCCUCAUUGCCAGACUGGCCAGGUCAUGGUCAUUAAUCCUACGAAUGAUGUUCAGCUGGCAAACUAUGCCAAAGUGUCGCAGUCAACAACAGCCAGUGUUGAUGGGAAACACGUUGCAGGUGGCAUCGUCGGGACGAUCCCUCUCGAGAAGGCUGCAUUUGUCCCAGCACCACCGGAAGAAGAAUAG